UGGCCAGUGUAAUUUUUGUCAACUGUGGACAUUUGCCUUCAUGGAUAGAAUUUAGGCUAUGAGGUAAAUUACAUAUUCAGUUAUAAAUGACAAGUCUGCAAGUAGCUUGGAAAUCAGAGAAGGGAAGAGUUGCCCGCAGUGCCCCUGCUGGAACAGCCAGUCGGCCUCCUCCUUUCGCCCUUGAGCAGAUGCUUCUGGGUGCUGGGUCCUGAUUGAGGACACUGCACUGUGGAAGGUGAGAGGAGAGACUGGGUUGUGUCUGUGCCGACCUGGGAGGUGGUUUCAGGUCAGAAUCGGAUGUGGAAGUUAGGGAUGAGACGGCUCUGCCAAGUGCUUUUACCCUGCACUAACCAAGGGAGGUCAGCCCUCAUGUUGGCUGGACCCAGGAGGGCCUGUGAGCUGUGAGAAGUAAUGAACCCCUUGAACUUCACAAGCUGGCCAGGGGGCCAUACCCCGGACGCUGCUGCCACAUCCUCACAGUGCAAGGCUUGUUGGGACCAGAUACCUUGCUGAGGGAGGUGCUGAAGAAGGUUUCCCUGAACCAAUACGGCAUAUGGCCUUGCAGCCCAAGGCAUUUCCCAGGGGACUACAGAGCCCCUGUGGGGCUGCGAGCCAGGGCAAGCACAGCGCCUGUGUCCUCGGCCAGCAUCCCAGGAAAAGCUCGGCAUCAAGUUCACACCACACCAGAUCCCGCCGUGACCAGCCUGCCCUAGAGUGUGCACGAAGCAGCAUCGCUGAGGUCACAUGUCUAGCCGCCACGGUGACCAUGGUGAGAUGUGAGGAUUAGCAGACUAGAACUGGGGAGGUGAGGAAAGUGACAACGACCCAGUUCUGGCUUCUGAGGGAGGUGUGGGGUCUCUCACAAGGAAGCAGUUGCUGGGGAGAAGGAGGAGUUUGGCUUUGUGUUUGCUGGGAGGUGUUGAGGCCACAGCUGGAGUGCAGCAUGAGCCCUCUGUGAGAGGCAGUCGCUGCCGUGGUUGGCCUGGAGCUUAGAACCAGACAGUCCCUCUGUAGAGUGGAAGACAGAGACAGCCCUGGUGGCAGCUAGGUUGACGCUGGCAGCUUGAAGAUGAGGCCCAGGCCCUGACAGGCAUCUUACCCAGCCUCCCUAGAAUGGCUUGGAGACAGGUCUGGCAGGUGCGUGGUCCACAAAUCUAGAAGGGUCUAGGGUUGUCACAUCCACCAGCUAGGCUGGCUGGCUAUUCACCUUGUCCCUGUGUAGGCCCAGGAUGCCGUUAACACCAAUGGCUGCAGGGUUUCACCCACCUACACGUUUUCUCUGCCACACGGCUACUGCCACUUUAAUUCACCAAGCCCUAGCACUCAGGGCAGCUGCCCAGCUGUCCAAGCAAAGAGGAAAAGAACAGGACAGAAAAAAGUGGGACCAGGCUCUCCGUUGAGGCCUUGUUAUCCAUUCCAGGACAGAAUGUGCUGGCAUUGAAGAGGGCAGGUGAUCCACCUGGAAGCAUGGGUAAAGGUGUAACCACCCAGUGGGUUCACAUUCCCUGAUACCUUGACAGAGGGCAUUUGCAAUAGAGAAAAAGUAAUUCAUGCAGAGCUAGCUGUGUGGGAGACUGGAGCUUAUUGCUCAGUCUCCCUGAGCAUGUGGGGAUUAGAGGGGUUUUUUUCAGAUAGAGUCUCACUUUGUCGCCAGGCUGGAGUGCAGUGGAGUGAUCUCAACUCACUGCAACCUCCACCUCCUGGGUUCAAGCAGUUCUUCUGCUUCAGCCUCCCCAGUAGCUGGGACUACAGGUGCGCACCACCAUGCCCAGCUAAUUUUUGUAUUUUUACUAGAGACGGGGUUUCAUCAUGUUGGCCAGGAUGGUCUCAAUCUCUUGACCUCGUGAUCCACCCACCUUGUGUGUGCAAAAGUGCUGUUUUAUUACAGGUGAGAGCCACUGCGCCGGUUUUUAAGGAUAACUUGAGUCAGGAGUGCUGACUGGGUCAGAGAUGAAAUCAGGGGUGCGAAGCUAUUCUCUGGGUGGGGCCGAAAGAUUGGAAGAGCCUAGGUGGUGCCAGCUGAUUCAUCAAGCGCAGGGAGGGUCGCAAAAUAUCUCAAGCAGUCAUCCUGGGCUUUACAAUAGUGAUGUUAUCCCCAGCAAGUUUGGGGAGGGUCAGAGUCCUGCAGCCUCCAGCUGCAUGACUCCUAAACCAUAAUUUCUGACCUUGUGGCUCAUCUGUUAGUCCCACAAUGGGAGUCUAGUCCCCAGGAAAGGUUUCUUUUGGGAAAGGGCCGUUAGCACCUUCAUCUUAAACUCAGUUCCUCCCAAAGUUAGUUGAGCCUAUGCCCAGGAAUGAACAAGGACAGCCUGGAGGUUAUAAGCAAGGUGGGGCUGCUCAGGGCAGAUCUCUCUCAUUUGCCUGUUACAAUUCUGCAACCGCAUUUUCAUAGGGACACCUGUCCUCUGGGGAAAGAGCUAAUAACAGGUUGUCUUUUUGGCUGCAGGUGGAAAACUGCAUCUAUUAGGCAGAACGUGUGCCACCUGAUUCCUUUCCCCAUGUGGAUCUGGUUGGGGUCCGCCACAAGAGAUCCGCGGGCAUUUUAGAAGGUGGGAGGGAGGUGGGAGCUGACUGCAGGCCAGGCGUCGGCGCGGUUCCGUGAGCGUGCUGGCCCUGGGGCACGGGCACGGGCACGGCCACGGGCAGCAGCCAGGCCCAAAGCUCCUCCAGCCGAGGGGAACCGUUUCCUCCAGCGCUGGGCUAGGUAAGUGCUUCUGUGCCCAGCAAGAGCGCCAGCUCCUCCUUCGGGUGACCCAGGGAGCAGGGCUGCAGGCCCAGGACGCCGAAAAGGUGCCAACCGGGUCCGGUGGCUUUUUGUCUCUGCUCACCUAACUCACACCAUCUUUCCUCCUCGGCCGCCUGUCCUGGGACUUCAGGCUCAGCGGCAGACACAGAAAAAGCAGCUGUACAGAGACAGCGGGUCAGCCCACGAGCUCCGAGCAGAGUGGCUGUGCUGCCGCCCCAGGCCCGAGGCCGCCGCUGAACGUGUGGCAGGAGUCUGCCCCCAGAGUGCGGCCCCGAAGCCGGCGGUUCUUCCACGAGGAAGGCCAGGCCCGCAGGGCGCAGAGGCGUGGGGCAGAGGCUGCGCCGGCGCUCGCUUGAGGCCCAUGAGUCCGCUCGGCGGAGCGGGUGGCGUGGGCCCAAGGUGGCCAGGCAGGGAGUCUCGGCCUCGGGGUCACGUGGGACCCGUCCUCGCCCCAACAGCUCUUCCGCUCGGGUCACGGCGCUGCUAACCCACAGCCGACCAGCGAGCCGGGAGACCUACGCGAAACUCGUCACCGCCUCCGGCCGGAAGAGGACGUGCUGACAUGUUCGUCACUUCCGGGGCGUGACCGGGCGUGGCCAUCCCACCCCCGGCAGCGUGCCUGGCGCUGAGUUCCGCGACGUCGGUCCUGAGCUCGCUGCCGCGGCAGUCAGGCCAGGUUGGAGCAGCCACCAUGGGAUGGGGAGGGGGUGGAGGCUGCACCCCGCGCCCACCCAUCCGCCAGCAGCCGCCGGAACGCCGCGUGGUCACCGUUAUCUUCCUUGGCCUCCUGCUGGACCUCCUGGCCUUCACGCUGCUGCUGCCCCUGCUGCCUGGGCUGUUGGAGAGCCACGGCCGUGCCCACGAUCCCCUCUAUGGCUCCUGGCAGCGCGGGGUGGACUGGUUUGCCAACGCCAUCGGGAUGCCAGUGGAGAAGAGGUACAACAGCGUCCUCUUCGGAGGUCUCAUUGGCUCGGCCUUCUCUGUCCUGCAGUUUCUCUCUGCACCCCUCACUGGGGCCACCUCUGACUGCUUGGGGAGGCGCCCCAUGAUGCUGCUGUCCCUGACGGGUGUGGCCACCUCGUAUGCCGUUUGGGCCACAUCUGGGAGCUUUGCGGCCUUCCUGGCCUCCAGGCUGAUUGGGGGCAUCAGCAAGGGGAACGUCAGCCUCUCCACAGCCAUCAUUGCUGACCUGAGCUCGCCUCUGGCCCGAAGCCAAGGCAUGGCGGUCAUCGGGGUGGCCUUCUCUCUGGGCUUUACCCUAGGCCCUAUGCUUGGAGCCUCCCUGCCCGUAGAAAUGGCACCCUGGUUUGCCCUGCUCUUCGCAGCCUCCGACCUGCUGUUCAUCUUCUGCUUCCUGCCGGAGACACUGCCCGUGGAGAAACGGGCACCCUCUAUUGCUCUGGGCUUCCGAGGUGCUGCCGACCUGCUCAGCCCCCUGGCCCUGUUGCACUUCUCCGCUGUUGCUCAUGGCCAGAACCCACCUGCUGGAGACAGGCUCAGCAGCCUGCGCCGCCUGGGCCUCGUCUACUUCAUCUACCUCUUCCUGUUCUCGGGCCUGGAGUACACACUGAGCUUCCUCACACACCAGCGCUUCCAGUUCAGCAGCCUGCAGCAGGGAAAGAUGUUCUUCCUCAUUGGCCUCACCAUGGCCACCAUCCAGGGUGCCUAUGCCCGGCGGAUCCACCCUGGCGGGGAAGUCGCGGCUGUGAAGCGGGCCCUCCUGCUGCUGGUGCCUGCCUUCCUCCUCAUCGGCUGGGGCCAUUCUCUGCCCAUGCUGGGCCUGGGGUUGCUGCUCUACUCCUUCGCCGCUGCAGUUGUGGUGCCCUGCCUGUCCUCUGUGGUCGCCGGCUAUGGCUCGCCAGGGCAGAAGGGCACAGUCAUGGGCACACUGCGCAGCCUAGGUGCUCUGGCUAGGGCUGCAGGGCCCCUGGUGGCUGCCUCAGGUGAGGGCGUAGGAUGGUGCUGGGCACUUGCUCUGUCUCCCCAGUGCCAGCCCCCUCGGGGUCUGGGUAAUGCCGAUGUCUCUCCACAGUGUACUGGCUGGCUGGGGCCCAGGCCUGCUUCACCGUGUGGUCUGGGCUCUUCCUGCUCCCCUUCCUCCUCCUGCGGAAGCUGAGUUGUCCGGCACAGAUGCUCAAGGCUGAGUAGCUGAGCCACUGCUCCCAGGCUGCAGGCGCCAGGCAUGGAGUGGAAGCCUGGGCCAGGCCCCUGCCCGCUGCCUGACCCCCCUCCUUCCUAGUCCAGAGAUCCAGUUGGGGGGGGCAGCCCCCCAGCAGGAGACCUCAGCCACUCCUCUGGGCUCACUCCUUUAUGACUCCGAGCAGUAGCACUGCAAGGCUGUUUGUUUUUUUAAAAUAUGUACCAGGUCUCUGAUGACAAAAUAAAGCAGCUAUUUUAUACCAA